UUGGUUUGUAUUGGAAACCCGCUGGAAUUUGGAUUGAUUGUUAAUUAGCUAUUACAUAAUAAUAAUAAUAAACGUUGUUUUAGUAAAUAAAAUGGCUUAAACGAAGCGUUAGAGCACUAGUCAAUUAUAUUUAAAAAAAAUUCUCAGGAUCUAAUGUGUUACUAAUUUUGAAAUGUGGGGUGAUCCGGAUAAAAUUAUUGUAGAAAAAAAACACAAAACCGUAGUUCCAAAUCAGUCCCAAACGUACAACAAUCUACUGAACGAUCAUGUAUCGUGCUUGGACGAAUUAAACCUUACGUUGAAAAAUAAACUGUUUGUCUCCAAAACACCCAUCAAUGUUAAAAUUGAAGCGUCUGAUAAAGCAACCAUAGACGAAGUGCUAGAUAUUGACAAUCACGUGCUGAGCAAUAUAUUGAAAAUAUUUUCUACUAUAUGUUCAGCAAUUACAGAUUUAAAAACUAAUGUUAAACCGAAAUUGUUUAACUCUAUACUUUACUACGAAGACUGUGAUGAAGAUAACCAAAAUGAAGGCUUAAAACAAAUAAAAAUAAGCAAAUUUUUACAAAUAUUAUUAGAACUGUCUUCAUUUGUUAAGCACUGUGAAUACUUGUUGAGUGAAAUACACUGUCAAUUUAUUAAUGUUUUUGAACUCCGUUCAAUAAUUGCCGAUAUACAUUUCCAAGGCAUUUUUGACUAUAUUGGAGAUCUGCUCUACCUAUUGGUCGAAUUAGAUAAGCUUUUAACUUCUCAACCAGUUUUGCAACAACAUUGGUUUCAUUAUCGACGUUCUUUGGCAAAUAUUAAACAAAAUCCAGAAAAAUACGACUGCAGUUUAGACAGUAUUGUUCAAUUGGAAAAUAUAUGUGACGAAAUAGAAUCGACCUUACUAUCUGGAAAAAUAUUUCAAAAAAUUUUGAAAUCUGACUUGAAGGAAAAGAAGUCUAUUCAGUCUUGUGAUGAAUUUGUAAAUGAAUUUAGAUUGUAUUUAAACAAUGCUGUUUACACUUUGGGACAGCGAUUUCAUUUAAAAGCCAUUGAUCCACUGCGUAUGUGGUCUCGUAUCUGUACUACUACCGUUUUUUAUACGUACAUGUUUGGAGUUUUCGACAAAAAAUUGCUCAAACAAUUUACCGAAUUCUUAGAGAAGGUGAAUCACAUUCCAUUGGAUGGAAAUUUAGUUUGGUAUCCAGAAAUGUUUGUCAUGCAUUACAUUGGAGAUUUGUUAAGGCCUAAUUACACAAAAAAAAAACAAGACAAUUUGGAAAAGUGCUCGAUAGAAUUGAUGGAUAUUACAAGAAAUUUUCCAAAAACCGCUUUAAAUUAUUUACAACAGGCGAUGGUAUGGUUUACUAAAAGUGAACAUUUCAUGAAGACGACUGAUUUUCAAGUGCCAAAAUUAAACUCUAUGCAAGAUUUAUGUAAUUUCUUUACCGAGGGUAUUCAGUUGUGUUUUUCCAUAAAAACUACUAUUAAAACUUUUUCCAAUUUACAUAGUGCUCUAGGAAAACCGCUGACCAAGACUAAUGUAAUAUUAGUUUGUCAACUGUUUGAAACAUUGAACAACAUUGCUUAUGUUUUUCGUAGACAUCACAUUAAAACUUCUAUGCUAAUAGUCGACGUUAUCCAGUAUUUGGAAUAUGAAUGUCUCUUGAUUAUCGGUGAAGUAAAAGGAACCUAUUCUGAAGAAAAAUAUUUCAGUACAAAAAAUGUCGAUAUAAUGUCGUCUUUGGAAGUUAGUGAGAAAUUACUUCACGAAUCGAAGAUGAAACAUCGGUUUUUAAUGAUAAAAUUGGCGUUGAAUACAGCUGUUGGAUUACAAGCAUUCCAAAAAGGGGAACUGUUGGCCUUGUCAAAACGCCUAAAAGAAAUUGAACAUUUAUACCUUUUGCAAGACGAAAUGAACAACAUAUCGGAAAUGAGCUGUAUGUAUUGGCAUCGCGUAGUGUUUCCAUUAUACUUCAAAAACGUUUACAAAACGUACAAAAAUUUUAACGGACUCUCGACGACACUUAAUGCUCUAGCGGAUAUUGAAAAAGUUACUCAUUUUAGUGAUGAAGUAACUAAACAAAAGUCAUAUGAAUCUUUCAUUAACGAAAUCAAUGAGUAUCUUCAAGAUCAAAUUUUGAACCCAAUGAAUCCCGGUAUUGAGAAUGAACUGCGUCUUCAGGUCAUGACUCAAGUACAGUUUGUCAAAAUGAUGCUUCACGAACCGAUCCAUGAACAUACAUAUAUGAUAAAACUAAAACCUAUACAGUUUCUAACACAGUUUAUUGACACCAAAUGUAGAGUAGAAAAUUAUCUCAGUGAAACGUUUUAUGAUUUAACGACCGUUGCUCUACACGAUUGGCAUAACAAUGGGGUAAUGAGAACUUUGGCAAAAUAUAAAGUGAACUUGGAAACGGUGGAAGACAAAUUACCUAGUAAAACUUUAGAACAGGGCUUGGAUGUUCUUGAAAUAAUGAGAAAUUUAAAUGAAUUUGUGUCAACAUUUUCUUAUAAUCUAAGCAAUCAAAUAUUUAUUGAAAAUCACAGCACUAGUAAACAUUUAAAUACAAUAAACAUACGGCACAUGAGCAAUUCUAUUCGAAUUCACGGUACAGGAAUAUUGAGCACUGCAGUAAAUAAAACUUAUCGGCUACUACAUGGCAAACUGAAUUUAUUAUCUCAAUAUUUAUACGACGAGCGAAUAAAAUCAAAACUAAAAAAAGAAAUAAUGUUACUUUUGGAAACACAAAAAACAAACGACAUGAAAUAUCCAUUUGAACGAGCUGAAAAAUUAAAUUCCAGUAUGAAAAAAUUAAACUUAAAUCCUGAACAGAAUUACAUGGAUCAGUUUAGAGUGUUGGUCACUCACAUUGGAAACGCUCUCGGUUAUGUGAGAAUGAUUAAAUCUGGUGGUCUUCAUUUUUCUUCGUUGGCAACUUCCUUUAUUCCGGACUUAAAAAAAGUGAUUAAGCUUGAAGACUUGUGUAAAGAAGCUGGAUUUACUGAUAGUUGCGUAAGCUCGGGGCACAACCUCGACUGUGUAAUACAAAACAUAUGUCAAAACAUCACUGAAGGCACAAAUUAUUUCAAAUUGUUAAUCGACGUUUUUGUUCAAGCCAUGAGUUCUGAAAAUUAUAUGCAUUUGCGGAACUUCUAUAUACUCAUACCCGCUUUAACAUUGAACUUUAUUGAGCACUCGAUAAAUUCAAAAGAAAAAAUGUACAAGAAAAGCAAAGGUGCAAUGUUUACAGAUGACGGAUUCGCAGUCGGACUUGCUUAUCUGCUGCGAAUUUUCAACUUGAACGAUGAAUUCAAUUUGUUAAAAUGGUUUCAAUCUGUCAAUGACAAUUAUGAGAAAAAACUACAUGUGCUAAAGAGUCAGGAAAUCAAAGCGUUGAAGGACGAUACUAAAUUACAACAACCACUAAGUUUGUCAUACUCAAGACUGCAAGUUUAUUAUAAGGAAUUUCUGUUAUUGUCGUACAACAUUAAUAGUGCUAGAAUAUUUUUCCAAUCCCGAAACAUAAGUUAACUAGAUUUUUAUUCACUGUUAUUAUUGGUUUGUAUACCUAAAAUAUUUUGUUUUUUGGCUUUUUAUACACAUAUCUAUUUAUAUUUUGUGAUGUUUAUACUUUUUACUACACAUUUAUGUAUAUUUAAAUGUUAUUAAAUAAAUUAUUAUUUAAAUA